AUGUUUGGCCGCGGACCCUUGAAGAACGUCUGUCGUGUUGUCCUUGCCGCGGAACUGCGGGAAACACAGCACGGGCAGCAUCAGCAGGAUAAAAAGACACCCAACGGUGCCCGUCACAUAGCUGAACCGCCCCAGGUUCCAGGGGCCCGGCUUGAAGGUGUUUCUGGCGUAGGUGAUUCUGAGAAAAAUCGGCACCGUGAACGACACAAACGCGCCUGUCGCGCCGAACGAGAACACCGCGUUUAUCGCCUCGCCCUUGAACAUCAGACACAGCAGACACUCGCCCACAAACCAGUUGAACCACACCGCGUUGACCGGCGUCCUGGUGUACGGGUUAACGCGGCACCACACGCGCGACAGCGGGAUGCACCCGUCUCUGGAGUACGAGUACAGCACGCGCGACGCGGCGAGCAUGCUGGAGAAGUCCAUGAUGUACGACAGGACGAUGGUCAGGGCGGUCAUCGCGAUAGUUCUGUCUCUCGUGAGGACCUGGCUCAGGAACGACACGAACGGCUGCCCCAGCUCUCCGUCGACGGCGGCCGUCACGUCGACGAUCGUGUACGCCAUGCCGAGCUGGAACGCGAAGCCGAGCACGGCGCCGAGCGACGCGGUCAGCACGAUCGCGUUCGGCGUCACAAUCUCGGCGUUCGUCGACUCCUCAGCGAGAUGGAACGGAGCGUCGAAGCCGGACAUGAUCCAGAUAGCAGCCAUGAAGCUCAUCAGGACGGCCAUUCCGUCGGGCCAGUCGGUCAUGUUGGUGAUGGCCCACGCCUGGGAGUUGGAGUUGAACUUUGGCAGGCCUUGCUCGGUCCUCGUGUUGCCGCCUAG